AUAUGACUCACCGACAUUUUCGUGCAAGGGCAAGCAGUGGUAUGUAUGUGUAUAUAUCAAGAGGCCAGAGUUAGCAUGGACAAAUACGCCAUCCAUCUCUACGAAGAGCAAUUCGAAUUAAGUCGCCAUGGUGAGCAACAAUCCACCUCCAGACGAAAGAGUGGUUUAUCUCGCCCUCAAAAAUGUUUUCAAGGGACACAACGCCGGGGUCCGCCAGAACAGGGCCAUACGCAAGCUCAUCAAGCAGUACAGGAGCCAGGAAGAUAUUUCAGAUCUGAUUCGCGAACACAAUGUCGACGUUAUCUGCAACGCUGCCCGCAUGCUCUUGUGUGAUGAAGUUUUCGAGUCUACGCUCAAAGCCAAGAUCCGCUUCCCUGAGCUCUUUGACUUGUCACCGACUCAGAGCGCGGAGCGAGAGGCCUCGGAAGCGGAAGCUGCACGACAUGAAGCGGAUGCAAUCGAGCAUGCUGUGCAAGCUCGCCGGGAGUAUUCACAGGCAACGAUACUUGAAAAGCAACAACAGGACGAACUCACGCGAACAGAAAAGCCACCCCCAGCAUCCGCGGCCGCGAAACAACUGUCAACUCCAGUAACAGGAUUGAAUGCUUCGUGCUCACACCCGGCCAAUCCCAUCUCACUGCCGCCCCUCUUCCCAAUUUAUUUACCUUUCAAGAGCCAGCAUAAUCUCUUGGUGCACUUACAACACUUAUUGGAGGCGAUCUGCUACGACUUUGGGCGGCGUGCCGUGCCCGAACUUCUUCAGCGCCGCGGAUGGGACUGCGCGGAGGCUGUGGAACUGAAUCGCUGGACCGAAGAAUUUGCGAAGCUGCACGAGCCAUUUCCUGCGAACGAACGCAUCAAAAAACCACUCGGCCAGCUGCUCCGCUCUGUCGCCAACAUUCGACACACUGCCGUGCAUCGCAUCCGGGUCAGCGCCAAGGGUGUAGAGCAAUUUCUUCUCGACGCCGAAGCAUUGGCUUUACUACUGGGAGACAUUAAGCAAGUGGAUAACAUAAGCAAGAUGCGCCGUGAGACGCAGGCUGCCACGGAAGAGUUGCAAAGAAACAAACAGUUCUUGCGCUCGAGAUUGGAGGAUACGUUGAAAGGUUUAGCUGCGCAGCGCGAGGAGCUGAAACUCUUGGAAGACAAUGCCAUUGCGGAAUUAGAGAGAGAGGACAGAGAUUACGAGAUUCUGGCCGGGAAAAGUGUUGAUGAGGCAAUCGCACCUUCCGAGGCAUCAUUCUCAACAGCUGUGGAGACAGACGCGAACACCAUGAUUAGGGUCCAUAACACCGAUGAUAUGGGCGAGAAUGGUGACGAUUUGAAUGACACAGAAGGACCUUGGGAUAUCACGACUCCAGAUGGCAAUGAGGAUAGUGAUAGCUUAUCCUCAUGAGGAAGCGCUUGUUUCCUUUUAUUCUUGAUUCACUUCAAUAACAAUAAUCAUACAACGAAAGAAUGUCG